UCAUUCCCGCCUCGUAGAACAGUUCCUUCUUGGGAUCCUAUCUAAACCUCUUCACUCAUUCACCACCAGUAAGCUCGAUCAGCCAUGGCCACCACUGCUGUGAAUAUGAAGCUACUCCACUUCCACUCCCCACGUACCAAUCCCCACGCGCCAUCGUUCUCUCCACUUCUCAACAACACCGCCACCACCACCAGCCAUGCCUUCCCUAACAACCUCAGUUUACAUUCCGCCCACCACUCCCACCCAAAUCCAACGGCGGUGGCCAAAGCGGCGCUGGAUAAGGACAGCCUUGUGCCCUCCGACGACGCCGAAGAUGGAGUCUUGCUUGGUACCAUGAAAUUACCUGAUGAUACCGACUUUCCCAGAUUCCAAAUCUUGCUCUUCCAGUGGGCUAACAGUCUCUGCCAAGGAGCAAAUCUACCGCUUGAUAUGCCUUUGAAGGUUGACAAAAUUGCAGGUGGGACUAGAUUGGGUUUCAUUACAAUUGGGGAUGGGGAGACGGAGGUCAUUGGCUACAUUGAUUGCUUGGUUUUCCCUCCAGAAGGUGGUUCCGGUCCCAUUUUUCGAGCUGUUAGAAAUGGACGUUUGAAGGAUCGGGUCCUUCCCGGGGAGCCCAGGAUCAUGAGAAAUCUUAUGCAGGCUCUUCAGAAGUCGGUUCAAAUCGCUAGAGUGUACUAGUCUAAACAAGUUUGUUCAUUAUGACUUCUGUCGUCGUUGUUAUAUUUACUUUCAGUCAUAUGUAACACAUAUUUUAUACUUGUUAAUUAACUCCAAUAAACAAACUUAUUCUUAAA